CCGGCUGUCAGACAGUUAUCGAUACAAAAUGUGGAUCCGAUCGAGACAUUCAAUACAACGGGUAGCUCACUGCUUUAGCAAAAGAUGUUACAGUUCAGAAGCACCAAGCAAUGUAGUGUCUGACAUGACUCGUCGUGGUCUAGUGGCCAAUACGACAAGUCCCAAUGUAGUCGAAAUGACGAAUAAACCGACGACUAUUUACUGCGGAGUGGAUCCUACUGCCAAAAGUUUGCAUCUCGGUAACUUGGUGACCCUUAUGGGAUUGUUCCACUUUCAUAUCAGGGGUCACCAAACCAUUGCCCUGGUCGGAGGCGCGACCGGCAGCAUCGGCGAUCCUUCAGGUCGUCAGUCGGAACGUGUGCCGCUGACGAGGGAUGUAUUAAGUCAGAAUAUUGCAGGGAUCGAAAAGCAAGUACACCGCUUCUUCGCCAAUGGUGCAGCCUACGCAGAACGACGAGGAUUCAACUAUGAAACACGAACACCCAAAGUAUUGAACAACUAUGACUGGUUCAGCAACAUGACCGCUUUGGAAUUCCUCGGCGAUGUGGGAAGAUAUGCAAGAGUGAAUACCAUGUUGGCCAAAGAGAGUGUCAAAUCACGCAUUGAAAGCACUCAAGGCAUUAGCUUUACCGAAUUUUCGUAUCAGUUAUUGCAAGCUUACGAUUUCUGGUACCUGUACCAAAAUCACCAUUGCCGAAUUCAGUUGGGCGGCAGCGAUCAGUGGGGAAAUAUUACAGCUGGUAUUGAUUUGAUCGGUCGACGAAGGGAUGCCGUGUCAGAACCAAACAAGGAAGAUCAUGCCAAGGAUGCCUACGGCAUUACUAUUCCCUUGCUGUUAACUUCUACCGGCGAAAAGUUUGGCAAAUCGGCAGGAAAUGCGGUAUGGUUAGAUGAAACAAUGACCAGCAUUUAUGAUUUCUAUCAGUUCUUUAUCAAAACGACGGAUGCUGAUGUUGGAAAACUCCUGGGGAUGUUUACACUCUACAAAGAACACGAUAUCAAGGAAAUCUUGCAUGAACAUGCGAAAAACCCUGAAAAGCGGUUGGCUCAGCAGGCACUGGCAAACGAAACCACGGAACUUGUUCAUGGCUUGGAUGGUGUUCAGCAAGCGCAAACAGCGACCAAAGUACUGUUUGGUGAAGAUCUCGGUGCUUUGAAUGGACAAACGAUUGUGAAUGCCUUUAAACACGAUCGAUCCCGAUUUACCACCUUGGAACGUGCUCAGGUGAUUGGCCAAGGUUUGGACACCAUUGCCACCUUAGCCAAUGCCACCAAAUCAAAAUCCGAAGCGCAAAAACGAAUCAAGGCAGGUGGCAUGUAUUUGAACAAUAUCCGUGUGAGCGAUCCAAGACACAAGGUGGAACCGACCGAUUUAAUUGACGGCCAAGUCUGUGUAUUAAGACUCGGUAAAUCGUCGUACCACCUCGUUCACGUUAUCUAGACCAUCAGCCAUUAGACUGGCAAAAAUCAACACAGAAACAUAGACGCCUGUAUACUUUUUGCAUGCAUAAAAUUGAACUUUCAUAUAAAUUAUCACAUGAU